AUGCCUGGGAAUGAGGAGAAGGCCGCAGCACAGUGCGUCAAUAUACUGUGGCACAUUUAUAUCACGAGGUUCUUAGCGCGUUACUGGGAAUUUUAUGGGCAAGCUUAUCGCAACAGUCGUAGAGUAACGCCGGGAAGCAUCGAGACGCUUCUGCAGUUGCGAGGGCAGUGCAUGCGCCUAGCUAUUGUUACGAAUGUCCAAGCCAAAGACCAAGUAGAGAAGGCAGAAGCUAUUGGAGCGCAUCAUGUUGUAGACUACAUGAUCACCUCAGAGGAAGCAGGCUUUUGCAAGCCAGACACCGCCAUCUUCCAACUCGCUAUCGGAUCUCUAGGCUUUUCUCUUGACGAGAGCUAUAUGGUUGGUGAUUCUGUGGAGUCUGACAUUAUAGGGGCGAUCAAUAGUGGCAUGAAAACCGAUUCUCUUCUCGCCGAUGGCAACGAAUAG